GUUUGUCAUUCUCUCCAUUCUCUACUGAUCGAUUCGUUUAUCCUUGCACUCACCCUUGGCUCAGCGGUGUCAAUGUCCGAUAAUACCGUCGCUUUUCAGCAGCAACGCGAUUCCCAGACAAUGGGAAUUGGACAGGAGAACAUAGCAAGGCGUGCAGCUGCGCAGGCAGGGGGAAAAGUGAUGAUGAACACUGGCAAGAUUACGAUUUCACUCAACGAGUUCAAUAUGUGUUCAUGCAUAAGCUUAAAAUUCAACAUAUAUAUCCGGGGGCACUAGAACAUCGUUACCGAUAUCGCACUUGAACGAUUUUAGAGUCGCAAAUGUAAAGAUGCA